AUGUCACAAUUGGCAGAGAGUAUUGUCACUGUUGCAGAGAGACAAUUGCAAGCUGACAAAAAGAUAGACUCAAUCCAAGAGGAGGCUAGAUCCAACAUAAGGAACCAAGGGGCGGCAAUUUCAAAAUUGGAAGCACAACUAGGGAGCUUGUCCAAACAGAUACCAAUGCCCACACAUACAUUUCCAAGUGAUACCAUGGCCAACCCAAGAGGGGAAUGCAAGGCUAUCACACUGAGAAGUGGGAAGGUAGUGGAAGAGGCAUCCUCAAACCACAACUUGCAUGAAAAAGAAGUUGCAAACGAACCAGAAACCAAGAAGGAAGAAAAGAUAGUUGAUCCAGUUCCACCAAAGCAAGUCUUGAAGCCCUAUGUACCAAAACUACCCUACCCACAAAGGCUAAGAAAAGAUGGGAAGGACAGCCAGUUUUCUAGGUUUUUGGAGAUCUUUAAGAAGCUUCAAAUUAACAUACCUUUUACUGAGGCAUUAGAGCAAAUGUCACUCUAUGCUAAGUUUCUAAAAGAGCUCAUGACAAGGAAAAAAAAUUGGGGAAAAAAGGAAACUGUGGUGCUCACAGAAAAAUGUAGUGCCAUCAUACAAAAGAAGCUUCUCCAAAAGAUGAAAGAUCGUGGGAGCUUUCAAAUCCCCUGCAUCAUAGGGGAUAUAAGCAUUGAGAAUGUACUAUGUGAUCUAGGGGCUAGCAUCAAUCUUAUGUCCUUAGCCAUGAUGAAAAGAAUGAGAAUUGAAGAGGCCAAACCAACAAGAAUGGCUCUUCAAUUAGCUGACAGAACAUUCAAAUUUUCUCAUGGGGUGGUGGAAGACUUGUUGGUGAAAGUGAGGGAAUUCAUAUUCCCAGUAGACUUUGUUGUGCUUGAUUUGGAGGUAGAGUCUAAUGCAUUAAUUAUACUAGGAAGAUCAUUCCUAGCUACUGUUGGGGCCAUAAUUGAUGUAUAA